GCGCGCCGGGCCGGGCGCCACGGGCUGGGUGCGCGGUUGCCGCCGCCGCCGCCACCUCCUGGGUCCCUCGGCCGAGCGGGCGCGGACACCAUGUACGGAUUCGUGAAUCACGCGCUGGAGCUCCUGGUGAUCCGCAACUAUGGCCCCGAGGUGUGGGAGGACAUCAAAAGAGAGGCACAGUUAGAUGAAGAAGGGCAGUUUCUUGUCCGAAUAAUAUAUGAUGAUUCUAAAACAUAUGAUUUGGUUGCUGCUGCAAGCAAAGUCCUCAAUCUCAAUGCUGGAGAAAUCCUCCAAAUGUUUGGGAAGAUGUUUUUCGUCUUUUGUCAAGAAUCUGGUUAUGACACAAUCCUGCGUGUGCUGGGAUCUAAUGUCAGAGAAUUUCUACAGAACCUCGAUGCUCUGCACGACCACCUUGCUACCAUCUACCCGGGUAUGCGGGCACCUUCCUUUAGGUGUACCGAUGCAGAGAAGGGCAAAGGGCUCAUCCUGCACUACUACUCAGAGAGAGAAGGCCUGCAGGACAUUGUCAUUGGAAUCAUCAAAACAGUAGCUCAGCAGAUACACGGCACUGAAAUAGACAUGAAGGUUAUUCAGCAAAGAAAUGAAGAAUGUGAUCACACUCAAUUUUUGAUUGAAGAAAAAGAGUCAAAAGAAGAGGAUUUUUAUGAAGAUCUUGACAGAUUUGAAGAAAAUGGCACCCAGGAAUCACGCAUCAGUCCAUAUACAUUCUGCAAAGCUUUUCCCUUUCACAUCAUAUUUGACCGGGAUCUCGUGGUCACUCAGUGUGGCAAUGCCAUCUACAGAGUCCUUCCCCAGCUCCAGCCUGGGACCUGCAGCCUCCUGUCCGUCUUCUCCCUGGUCCGUCCUCACAUUGACAUCAGUUUCCACGGGAUCCUUUCACACAUCAAUACCGUCUUUGUAUUGAGAAGCAAGGAAGGGUUGUUGGAUGUAGAGAAAUCAGAGUGUGAGGAUGAACUGACGGGCACUGAAGUCAGCUGCUUACGGCUCAAGGGUCAGAUGAUCUACUUACCUGAAGCAGACAGCAUACUUUUCCUGUGCUCACCAAGUGUCAUGAACCUGGAUGACCUGACCCGCCGAGGACUGUACCUGAGCGACAUCCCUCUGCACGACGCCACCCGUGACCUUGUGCUCCUGGGGGAGCAGUUCCGAGAGGAGUAUAAGCUGACUCAGGAACUGGAAAUCCUCACAGACAGGUUACAGCUCACAUUACGAGCCCUGGAAGAUGAAAAGAAAAAGACAGACACGUUGCUGUACUCUGUCCUUCCUCCGUCUGUGGCCAAUGAGCUGAGGCACAAGCGUCCGGUGCCCGCAAAGAGAUACGACAACGUGACCAUCCUCUUCAGCGGCAUCGUAGGCUUCAACGCCUUCUGCAGCAAGCACGCGUCUGGGGAAGGGGCCAUGAAGAUCGUCAACCUCCUCAACGACCUGUACACCAGAUUUGACACUCUGACAGACUCCCGGAAAAAUCCAUUUGUUUAUAAGGUGGAGACGGUCGGCGAUAAGUACAUGACCGUGAGUGGGCUACCAGAACCCUGCAUCCACCACGCACGUUCCAUUUGCCACCUGGCCUUGGACAUGAUGGAAAUUGCUGGCCAGGUUCAGGUGGAUGGUGAGUCUGUUCAGAUAACGAUAGGUAUUCACACGGGGGAGGUAGUCACCGGUGUCAUAGGACAGAGGAUGCCUCGCUAUUGUCUCUUUGGAAAUACCGUCAACCUCACAAGCCGAACAGAAACCACUGGAGAAAAAGGAAAGAUAAAUGUGUCUGAAUAUACAUACAGAUGUCUCAUGACCCCAGAAAACUCAGACCCACAGUUCCAUCUGGAGUACAGAGGCCCAGUGUCCAUGAAGGGCAAAAAGGAACCAAUGCAAGUUUGGUUUCUAUCCAGAAAAAACACGGGAACGGAGGAAACUGAGCAGGAUGACUGCUGAAUCUUGGACCUUGGGGUGAAGAGGACGGGGUGAGCACCAGUCUUCCCAUAACUCAUGCCAAGCCCGGGAGCAGUCUUUCCCUCAAUCCUUUUCCAUUUCCCCAAGCCUUUCUCCUAAGUAUCUCUUUCCUUAUUCAUUAUUCAGCUUUAGCUCUACAUUUCAUUAUUUUCAAGGUUUAGUAUAUUAUCUGAAGUUUGGCUUCGUGUGGAUGAUGUGAGCUUCACGUGUCUUAAAAUCUGCUACAAGCAUCACCUAACGUGGUGAUUUGCAAGUAGUGGGCACCCAAUAAAUAUUUGUUGAAUUUAAUGAAAUGAAACUGAACAGUAUUUGGCCACGUGUAUAUAUAGCAUGGUUUUUUCAGAUUUGUUCAGUGCUCUCUCUGUAUAUGUUUAUGUAUAUUUUAAUGACUAUAACAUAUAAAAAAGUUUUAUUGUGUUGGUGUAUAGCAUUAUAGAAAUCAUUUUUCUAAAGGAGUAAAUUCAGAAUUUUAGGGGAAAAUGCAAUGUAUUUUCAGACUCCCCCCAAAAGAAUUAAUAUAUCAUGCUAAGAAAAUACUGACAGUUUUGAAGUAUGCUAACUUUUCUUCAGAAACAGGGAAUACAGUUUUCUGUUAUUAAACUAUUAGGUUAUUCAUUCAGAUACUAUGACAAUUAUAAUUCCUCUAAAAUGCUAUCCUUUUUGUUGUACCCUUUGUAUUAUAAGUUUCACUAACCUCACACAGCUGUUAGGGAAAGCAACAGUGUUUCACAAUGAGCUAUUGCAUUAGUUUGGGGUAAAUGUUAGGGGCUCUGGCCACAUCCAGGGAUAAAGCUGGAAGCACGGCUGGGGUGUUCCUGUUCCUCAGAGACCCUCCUGGCCCUUUAUUCCCGGAAAUGAGCUCAUUUUUCUUAGCUUACAAAAAGGGCUUCAUGUUCAGAAAUGUUACUUUAAUUUCGAUAUGGAAUGCAUUCUUUUUGGAAUCAUUGCCUGUUGUUCUUCAAUAUCUCUGAUAAUUUAUUAAUAUCUAUCUUUAUAAAAUACAGUACAACUACUUUUGUGUAAAAAUGUGCGUCUUUAAAUGUAGUAUUUCCUAUCAGCACGUUGAUAUUUGUAUAAAUAUUCCGUGUUCAUGUGUAAGAAAACCUACAAUAAAUUAUUUUUUCCACUUGUCUCUAGACAGUUUUUAAUUCAAUAAAAAUGAUAUGAAUGUUCUU